CGCCGUGCCGCGGAGCAGCGCUGCCCAGCCGGUAGGCCCGGGAGGAGGCCUGGAGCCCCGCUCCGGGCCGGGCCGGCGGCGAUGGAGGGGCAGAUGGCGGGGCUGUACGACCUGGGGCGCCGACUGGGCAGGGGCCACUUCGCGGAGGUGCGGCUGGCGCGGCACGUCUUCACGGGCGAGCGCGUGGCCGUCAAGGUGAUCGAGAAGGGCCGGCUGGGCGGCGGCGCGGCGGCGCGGCUGCGGCGGGAGGUGGGCUGCAUGAAGCUGGUGCAGCACCCCAACGUGGUGCGCCUCUACCAGGUGCUGGAGACGCCGGCCCGGCUCUACCUGGUGCUGGAGCUGGGCGACGGCGGGGACAUGUUCGACCUGCUCGUGCGGCACCCGGGCGGCCUGGGCGAGCCGCGGGCCAAGCGCUACUUCGCCCAGCUCGUCCACGCCAUCUCCUACUGCCACCGGCUGCACGUCGUCCACCGGGACCUCAAGCCCGAGAACGUGCUCUUCUUCCAGCAGCGGGGGGUGGUCAAGCUCACCGACUUCGGCUUCAGCAGCUGCUUCCAGCCGGGCACCCCGCUGGCCACCAGCUGCGGCUCCCUCGCCUACUCGGCCCCCGAGAUCCUACUGGGGGAGGAGUACGACGCCCCGGCCGUGGAUGUCUGGAGCUUGGGCGUCAUCCUGUACAUGCUGGUGUGCGGACACCCCCCUUUCCAGGAGGCCAACGACAGUGAGACCCUGACCAUGAUCCUAGACUGCCGCUAUGUGAUCCCAUCGGGCAUCUCCCUCCCGUGUGCAGACCUUAUUGCCCAGAUGCUGCAGCGGGACCCCAAGCAAAGGGCCUCCUUGGAGCAGAUUGAGGGCCACCCGUGGCUCCAGGGGGUGGACCCCUCUCCAGCCAGCCGCUGUCUUUUGCCUCUGACGUCACACAGGAGGGUUUCGGAGGAGGAGCACGAGGUCAUCAUCCAGACCAUGAUCUGUGGCCACAUCGCAGACCGAGAAGUCAUACAGGAAGCCCUGGAGGCCAAGCGCUACAAUCAUGUCACCGCCACCUACUUCCUGCUGGCUGAAAGGAUCCUGCGGGAGAAGCAGAGCCUGGCUGAGCACAUCCAGAGCAGGCAAGCCGCCCCCCGGCCCUUUGGAGACGCCUUCCUUCGGGCAAGCCCAUUGGGGGAGUCCUGUCCCCCUCUGCCCACAGAGUUACCACCUGCCCCCACGAACACUUUGGAGAAGGUUGCUGCAGAGUAUGCUGGGAAGCCUUGCCUGUCCCUCUCAGCCUUGGGCGAGGGCAAAUCCUCCUCCGGCUUCCGUGGAUGCGGGCAGCCGCUCCGAGCCCUCAUCCAGCCCUCUCUCAUGGAGACGGCCAUCGCCAAGAGCACCCUUGCCUUGCAGCAGAUUUCGGAGGAAGAGGAGGAGGAGGAGGAGGAGGCGGAAGGGAGGCCGGGUCUCUUCCGACGGCGGACCUCCUCCUUGGACCAAGAGCAGAUGAGCCGCUUCCAGCACUCCAAGGCGUCCCUGCUCUUCUGCCGGGCCCUUGCAGCCCACUACAAAGUGGGCAGGAGCCUCGUCCCUGCAAGCGCCAAGCCCUCCUCCCUGGAGCAAGGGCCUGGGACUCCGCUGGCGGGUCCCCAGGAGCACACGUUCCUGAGGAGCGAGCCAGGGCUGCACCGAGCCUCACGGAUGAAAGAAAUGUGCGGCCACCUCAGCUUGCUGGGGGGGGAAAUGUCUACCAAAUUGUCUACUCCAGAGGAAGUCACCCUGCCAAGCAGCCAGGGAGGGGGUGCUGGCAGAACGGUGGUGGAGACUUGCAGGAAGGAGCACCCCUUGCCAGAGGAAGAGGGCAGGAGCAAUGUUCCGCCCAUGGAAGGAGGCCCUGCUGAGGAGGAGCUCUUGGUGGCUGAGGAGGGGAGCCACCUGCCUCAGAGCAGCACAGCUCUUCUCCAGAGCAGCUGUGCCCCAAGGGCUGCUGGGGCCAUCAUGGUGCCGGGCGCAGAAGACAAGGGCCUUGAGCUGGGGCCGCCCCACUGGGCCACGGCCUGUUGCGAUGGCCAGAGCAAUGGCAGCGGCCACGACAGCCUAGCCGACAGCAUUAUCAAGCCUGACCCAGCCAAAGGCAAGAAUGCCAACCUGAAAGAUCGGCUCCUGCAGUUUCCGCUCUGUGAAAAGGCCCUGGCCUUCCGGAUGCAGCCCACCUCCCGGGAGGAUCUCCUGUCCCUGGGACAGUUCAACUGCUGCCACGUCAUCUAGCUCUUGCAAGAGAGAACGGCCAGGAGGACAAAGAUGGCAGU